AAAAAAAAAAAAAAAAAAAAAGAUCUUGAGAUCUAAGCAUGGAUAUGGUGAUGAAGUUGGGAGCAGAAAGUCCAGUAGUGAUUUUCAGCAAAACCACUUGUUGCAUGUCUCACAGUAUCGAAACCCUAAUCCGAGGUUUCGGAGCAAACCCUACAGUUUAUGAGCUCGAUAAACUUCCAAAUGGGAGGCAAAUGGAGACUGCAUUGGUUGAAUUAGGUUGUCAACUGAGUGUGCCAGCAGUUUUUAUUGGCAAAAAUUUUGUUGGUGGUUCUAAUGAAAUUAUGAGUCUUAAUGUUAGAGGCAAGCUCAAGAAUUUGCUUCUAAGGGCUAAUGCUAUUUGGAUAUAGAGAUCAAUUAAUUACUAGCUAGCUAGUAAAAGUCUAAUCUUCGUCUUAUAGUAGUGAAAUCAUAUAUAUAGUAGUGAAUUUAUCACAAAUAUAUUUUAUUUCUUGAUGUACUAAUAAAAGUAUGCUUUUAUACUA